AUGUCGACUGUAGACUCAAAGGACAUUCCAGUGCUAUACGUGCGGCCUCAGACAAAGGACGGCAAGACACUGACAUGGGAGUCUGUGAGUAAGCUGCGAGUGUCACACCAGUCAGCGGACAAUCCUAUUCAUCUAUACCAAGUCGAGGUUUACGGGGUUGACGGGGUCAACUAUGCGCUGCCAAAGAAUGGCGGAUCUGCCAAACAGUCCACUUUGCAGGGGGAUGGGCGUGCCUACGGACGCGCGGAGUGUGUCAUUGAUGGAAUUCGUGGAGAUCCCUGCAAUCAUACAGCCCACGCGGAGAACGGAUGGCUGGAGGUGCUCCUGGCUAAGCCCGUGAACGUCGAGAGCUUCGCAAUCUUCAACAUGGCUGAUGAUGAGUAUGACCACCGCUUGCGUGCAGUGGGGCAUGUAGUCGAGCUGUUUGAUGGCGGCGGAGAGGUGGUGUUCCGCCAUCGGAUCAGCGUAGAGGACAUUCCCUUCUUUGACCAAGCGGUUGGAUGCUGCCAGAAGUGGGCGAACGAGGACUCCAACGUCGUCAUUGCAAACCUCAGCUUUUCGCAGGAUGCCAACCCGGAGGAGGUCACAGUGGCCGCUGUGCAGGCUAGCGGUAGGGAGCUCGCCAGAAUGUCUCUGGCUCUUGCCCAUCCUGGAGCCGUCCCAGAGAUGUGCCGAGCCAUUUCUGCGGAAGCUGGUGUGGCUGCGCCCCGGCUGCGCCUGCUGCUUCCGGAUGGCCGGGUCUUGCGCAUGAGCGAAGAGCUGCAGGCGCCAUCUCUGGUCGAGCUGCUGCCGAGCCUGAGGGGCUCUUCGUCGUGA